AUGGGUCAAAACAUUCCAUCUCCAACACCUUCAUCAUUAUCCCCUAACCCUACUCUUCCUCUACCAACUCAAGAUCAAACGCCUCCACUUCCUACUCCUCUGAACCCCUCGGACAAACCUGGCACAUUGACCAUCCUGACAGCCUCAGAUGUCGAUACCAUCAUCUCAUCUCUUGACCCUGAAACGAUCCUUCAAUCUCAAUCAGAAAUAUUCAUUUCCCUUUCUACCGAAGAUGAUAAUGGCAAGACGCAAUUACCCCCUCGGACUUCCUUGAAAUCCAAUACGAACACUACCCUCUACAUGCCUUCCAGGACUGAAAAGGGAGAAGAAGGUAUAAAGAUUGUUUCUGUCCCUCUGAAUGGUGAGGGAUUACCAGCGAGUACAAUUUUGAUGGAUGAACUUGGAAGGGUGAAAGGUGUUAUAAACGCAAGGAAAUUGACAGCUUUGAGGAAUGCGGCUGGUAAGUGUUGUUCUGCAUUAUUCCUCCGUUCAUUCCCUCCUCUACAACUUCCGACAAAUUUAGUGAUAUUCGGUUUAGGUGCUCAAUCUUCAGCUCAUGCUAAUCUUUUCCUUGAAUUAUUCCCAUCUUUGACAACAUGUACUUUCAUAGCUCGAAGAGAUUCUCCUCGAGGGGAAAAAUUAAUCAUCUCACUUCAAUCUUCAUUCCCAAAGAAAAAUAUCUCAAUACAUAUUUCAACAUAUGAAGUAAAAGUGACGUCCGGUGAAUCUCAAAAUCAAGAAGAAAUCCGUGAUCCUUUAUUAUCACAAAUCAUACAUAACGCACAAAUAAUAUGUACACUCACACCUUCCACCGAACCAUUAUUCAAUUCUGUCGACAUAUGUUCCGGUACUUCCGUAAUUUUAGUAGGUAGUUAUAAACCUUUCAUGCGUGAAGUAGAUGAGGGGGUCAUAAGGAGAUCAGGGAUUGUCAUUGUGGAUUCUCGUUCUGCUUGUAAGAAAGAAGCUGGAGAGUUGGUAGGUUUGAAAGAUGAUAAAAUGAUGGAAUUGGGUGAUGUGAUUGUAGAUGGUAGUAAAAGGGAGAAGGUGGUUAAAGAAGGAGAUUUGAGAGUUUAUAAAAGCGUAGGAAUGGGUCUUCAAGAUGUAGCUAUAGCAGAGUUAAUCUUUCAACAAGCUCAGCAUAUGGGAUUGGGAACUGUCAUACCAAACUUCGAUUCGAUCGUUUGA